UGUGCAGUCAUUCCGUGGGUCCUCAUGUGAGACACCAAAAGGCGUGGGUACUCACGAACACGUGAUUCUUGGCCAACACUUCUAGCGACUUUUGACAAGAAACCAAAAGUAAACGAGCGAAAAAACUGCAUACCACGUUUUGAAAGCCUUACUCUGAACAAAAAAAUGGUUUAUUUGAAUAUGCAAGAGGCAAGCGUGUGCAAAUUCCGAAGUACUUACAAAUUAAUUUGUUGAAAGGAGAUGUUGAAAGACCACAUCGACACACUAAAAAGAUGACAUGAUCGUCAGUUUCGAGGCCACCACGACCGGGCGGCUACAGCACGCGUUUCUUGCAGCCGCGAUACUAGCUAAAACGAGACGGCGCGAUUAGCAACUAUAGGAGAAUGCAAAUAUAGGGGACCGCGGCACGCACUUACACCGACAAGAAAAUGACGACUUCAACAGGUUCCUCGGUAUGCAGUAGCGUACCUGAAAUCCGGGUACUGGGAAUGGGCAUUGGCUUCUUCCUCUACCUACUCUUAUGAAGGAAAGUAUCUUGGGAUAAUAACCCCCGCCUUAAUUAAACAGAUCUCUUGCCAGGCACAGAAAUCAAUCAAUCAAUCAUGAUCCGGUCAUGUUCCCCUUUUUCGUCUACUUAUUUCAAUCUAUUUCCCUGUGAAUAUCCAGCCAUCGUGUCUACUGAUCAUGAUUCAUCUCAUCUUCAUCUAAUUCUUCUUGUGCUCUUGACAAUAUCAGUCCUUCUGGCCUCGCAUGACAAGAAAAAGGUAGGGAAGCAGUUUGGAAUAUAUCACGCCGUGUUUCUACUCCUAGUCAUCGUGAUGCCGAAGAAAAAGACGACAGUAGUGGAAUGUGGUCCGAGAACCGACUCUCAGUUAAGAAAAGUUCUUAAAAUUAUGUAGACCUCACUCGAAAAAACAAAGACCAGAGGAAGAUAGAAUAAGACAGGCUAUCCUACUUUGAACCGUGCCCCGUGACAAUGGGUUUACUACUACUCCUACUACUACUCCUAUCUUCUAUCAAGUAUAUUCUUGUCUGUUAUUACGGCCAUUAGGGGACCUGAUCUGUUAUAAUUAUGGAGUUCAUGAUCAGGAGGCCUAUUGGUCUUUAAUGUCCUUCCUCUGGAAACAAUGAAGGUAAAAACAAAUACAAGAACAAGGGUAAUUUAUUAUGCCAAUCACCUGUGCAGCUGCUGCAAAGAAAUACAGCCGUACAGUCAAGGUGGCCGAGCUCCUCGUUAGCACCGUUCUUGUUAUACGUUCUAAUCUUUGGUCUACUCACCGACGUGAUGACCAUCGUGCAAGGACUAUCGGGCCUCUUGGGACUUCUAGGCGUGAUGCUUCACAUCGGUUUGAAGCCUGUAUUCACGAUAGGGCGCGAAGAUCGCGCCACUGGCCACACCACAGCAGUUUUCUUUUCGUAGCUCCAAAACACAACCUUUGUGUUCCACUUGUGGUUCUCCCGCAUCCUAUAGUAUUCCUAGACGAUAUAUAAGCAGGAAAUGAAAUGCCACCCGACGACCCCAGGGAACUUCAGCAGGUUUAUUAACGCAUGAGUUCUGGCACUUAUCUCACGCUUAACCCGCUAUUAACGCAAGUGUGUGCUGGCUGAGUUUAAUUAGCUGCUUUGCUCAAUCAGAAAUAAGUAUAAGACAACACUCUGAAAACAUGAUAUGCAGUGCACUGACCACCAUGACUAUAG